AUGGCUUGUAUUACAAAAACAGGUCGGUACAAGCUAAAUGAGAGCAAUCCUGAAAGCGUUUCUGAAGGCUUGUACUUCAGUUUCUCCAUCAUGACUUGCCUAGAAACAAUGCACGGGGAAACCCAGCCAAGCUUUUCACCGCCUCCCGCAUUUCUACCAGUGUCCCAAACUGUUGUGGAAAUCCUUGAUUGGGAGACAAAGAAACAGCUAUGCUUCCUAGAUAAGGUGGAACCAAAUGCCACAAUUAGGGAGAUCAGAUUGAUGUUCCAUAAAUUAUAUCCUCGGUGGUAUCCAGCAAGGCAGUCAAUAAAACUUGAUCCAAAAGGAAAGUCCCUGAGGGAUGAGGAAAUCCUGCAGCACCUCCCUGUUGGCACAACUGCUACCUUAUACUUUAAAGAUUUAGGGCCACAGAUAGGAUGGACUACGGUAUUUUUGAUAGAAUAUUCAGGUCCAUUGUGCAUCUAUUUUCUGUUUUAUUUCCGCAUGACUUUUGUCUAUGGACUGGAUGAGAGGUUUACAUCAAGUUCGCACCCAGUAGUUAACUUGGCAUGUAUCUGCCAUUCUUUCCACUACAUCAAAAGAUUGAUUGAAACAGUAUUUGUUCAUCGGUUCUCCCGUGGGACUAUGCCACUGAGGAAUAUUGUGAAGAACUGCUUGUAUUAUUGGGGAUUUGCAGCUUGGCUUGCUUAUUACAUCAAUCAUCCUCUUUACACUCCUCCUUCUUAUGGGAAAAAACAGAUAAAUUUUGCUGUGAUCAUGUUUCUGCUGUGUGAAGCUGGCAAUUUUUCCAUUCAUGUUGCACUCAGUGACCUCCGGAGAAAUGGAUCCAAAACCCGUAAGAUCCCAUAUCCAACAAAGAAUCCUUUCACAUGGCUGUUUUUCUUUGUAUCUUGCCCUAACUAUACAUAUGAGGUGGGGACCUGGAUCAGUUUCACUAUCAUGACUCAGUGUCUUCCAGUGGGGCUGUUCACCUUGCUUUGCUUCAUUCAGAUGACAAUCUGGGCAAAGGAUAAACACUGCACCUAUGUACGAGAAUUCAAGGAUUAUCCAAGUCAUAGAAUGCCAAUUAUUCCCUUUUUGUUGUAAAAAAAAAGGUUUGAUUUGAAUAGUGCACAGAACUUCAAGAAGAAAAAGCUCGUAAACCUGCAAAAUAAAUUAAUUA